GAGGUUACUGCUGCUCCAGGGACCCUCAGUCAGGGCAAAUCGGUGGUUAUCAGCACGAUGGCAACUGCCUUGUCUACCAGGAAUGGCAAGAUUGGGACCACAACAGUGCAGACUUUGAAUGGGAGUAACGUGGUGAUGAACUCUCACCACACAGGAAGUGCUGCUUUCUCCGGGACUCCCGCCACUGCUAACCCUGCUUCUGCACCUGCUGUUGCCCCUCUAGUUAACAAUGGACCUGGAUCUGUUGGAAAAGGAAAUACUGUUAAUGCUGUUUUGCCAUCAGCUUCCAACACUGUCAUCCAGACUUCUUUCCUUAAUACUGCUGUGUCGUCUGCAUCUUCUUCCUCGCCCACAGUUAUUUCCUCGCAGCCGCCACCGACCAUUGGAAGUGGGGGGCCCACGGUGACACUGGUGAGGCCACCAAUUCACCCAGCAGGACCCACGGUAGCUGCAGCUGGUGCAGCCACUCAAAAYGGGAGCAAUACUGUGAUCAAUUCAACCAUCAGUGUGGGGAGUUUCCCUGCUGUUGCUACAGCCACUGUGGGAUCUGGAGUUGCCCUCCAGACGUCGCUUGUGAACAGCCAGUCUGGUUCCAGCGUGCCAGCAGCUCCCGCCACGCAGGUCAUCAAAUCUGAGUCUCCAAAAACCAUAGUCCAGGCAGUAACCCAACAGCAGACGCUGGCUACUGGGGGCCAGCCCAGUACUACAGGGGGUAACAUGAUUAUUGGGCAAACUAUGCAAGCUGGCCUCUCCAAUGUUGCUCCCAAUCCUGGUGGGAUAUCUCCUGCAGCUCCUGGCACCCCCACGGGAAUAGCUAAAGGCACUGCCAAUACAGUGGCACAAAGUYUGCCAAGGACUCCAACAGCAACUACAAGUGGAAUCAGAGCAACUUUGACUCCUACAGUUUUAGCACCUCGUUUGCCUCAGCCACCUCAGAAUCCAACUAAUAUUCAGAAUUUUCAGUUACCACCAGGCAUGGUCCUUGUGCGUAGCGAGAACGGGCAGUUGCUGAUGAUCCCUCAGCAAGCCUUGGCACAGAUGCAAGCUCAGGCACAUGCCCAGUCUCAGCCUCAGAACACUCUGACUCCUCGUCCUGCUACACCUACCAGUGCACCUCCCGUACAGAUAUCAACAGUGCAGGCUCCAGGAACGCCUAUUAUUGCACGACAAGUGACACCUACUACUAUUAUCAAGCAAGUGUCUCAGGCUCAAACAACGGUGCAACCCACCACAACGCUACAGCGUCCUCCUGUUGUGCAACCUCAGAUUGUUCUGGGUGGUACCGCACAGACGACUACAUUGGGGACAGCAACGGCUGUACAAACUGGAACUGCGCAAAGAACCGUGCAAGGAACGACAGCAACCUCCACUGCUGCCACAGAAACUAUGGAAAAUGUGAAGAAAUGCAAAAACUUUCUGUCUACAUUAAUAAAACUGGCAUCAUCUGGAAAACAGUCCUCAGAAACUGCGGCUAACGUGAAAGAGUUGGUACAGAACCUGCUGGAUGGAAAAAUUGAAGCAGAAGACUUUACCAGUAGGUUGUACCGAGAACUUAAUUCUUCACCUCAACCUUACCUUGUGCCUUUCCUGAAGAGGAGUUUACCUGCCUUGAGACAGCUAACGCCAGACUCUGCAGCUUUUAUUCAGCAAAGUCAACAGCAGCAGCCCACAACGCAAGCAACAACUGCACUUACGGCGGUGAUGCUAAGCCCCUCCGUUCAGCGCACAGCAGGGAAGGCCACGGCAACGGUAACGAGCACCCUCCAACAACCUGUAAUCAGCCUAACUCAGCCUGCACAAGUUGGUGUUAGCAAACAAGGGCAGUCUGCAUCACUGGUUAUCCAACAGUCUCAAAAAGCUGGGGCCUUGAUAAGGCCUCCACAGGUGACGUUGACGCAGACACCGAUGGUAGCACUGCGACAACCGCAUAGUCGUAUUAUGCUCACUACUUCUCCACAAAUUCAGUUGAAUCAGCUUCAGACAGUACCUGUGGUAAAACCAACAGUAUUACCUGGAAACAAAACUAUUCCUUCUGUUUCRGCACAAAUAGCUGCUGCUCAGAAAAAUAAACUGAAAGAGCCUGGGGGAGGCUCUUUUAGGGAUGACGAUGACAUCAAUGAUGUUGCAUCAAUGGCYGGGGUCAACCUAUCAGAGGAGAGUGCUCGGAUAUUGGCGACAAACUCUGAGCUAGUGGGCACGUUAACAAGGUCCUGUAAAGAUGAAACCUUCCUCUUCUCAGCACCUUUACAAAGAAGGAUAUUAGAAAUAGGUAAAAAACACGGAAUAACAGAAAUACAUCCUGAUGUAGUUAGCUAUGUAUCACAUGCUACACAGCAAAGACUACAAAACCUCGUGGAAAAGUUAUCGGAGACGGCUCAACAAAAGAACAUUUCUUACAAGGAUGAUGAAAGAUACGAACAAGCAAGUGACGUUCGAGCACAGCUCAAGUUCUUUGAACAACUUGAUCAAAUAGAAAAGCAACGUAAAGAUGAACAAGAAAGGGAAAUUUUAAUGCGUGCAGCAAAGUCUCGAUCUAGACAAGAAGAUCCAGAACAGCUUAGGUUGAAACAGAAGGCCAAGGAGAUGCAGCAGCAGGAGCUAGCACAGAUGAGACAGAGGGAUGCCAACUUGACUGCGUUAGCUGCCAUCGGUCCCAGAAAGAAAAGGAAAGUGGAUUCACCGGGUUCUGGAUCAGGGACAGAGGGAUCUGGUUCAAGUGCAGCAGUCCCAGGCAGCUCCGGAGUCGGAACAACCAGACAGUUUACGCGACAAAGGAUAACGCGGGUGAACCUCAGGGACCUCAUAUUUUGUUUAGAAAAUGAGCGAGAGACAAGCCAUUCACUAUUGCUAUAUAAAGCAUUCCUUAAGUAAAAUGGAAAAGAUCAAGGUAUUUUUGAUGGAGAGCCGCCUGAGGACUUUUUUUUAUAUAUUUGCAGAUUACGCCUUUUUGUAACAAGCAAAUGGGAUAUUGUUUAAAAAAACAACCACCUCUUUACAUGGAACAGUUUUAUAUUCCUGUUUAUAAAUAAACUCUUCAGUAUAAGAGAAAUACAUUUCUGUAACAGUGAGGAUACUUACAAGGCCUGUGGAUACUAUAAAAGGACAAUUAAAUUUUAACUCAUCUCUUGAUUGAGUGGCCUUCUUGCCAAACAAGCCAUAUAUAAAGACUGAUGGAAUCGUUUAGCAAAUAACUAGCUACCCUUUGUCAGCCCUGUAGCAGUUUCGACAUUAAUUGUGCAUUUUAGUUCAGUUUUAYUCAACUAAAUCAAUUAUAUAGGCAUAUGUCUACAGCAGAUGACCUCAUUUCAUUUAGCUUUUUUUAAACAGUCAGUUAGCAAAGCAAACUGAUUUUUAAGAAUAUUUAUCUUUUCCCCCCAAAUGUUCAAAAAGCUAGAGGGAUAUACAGUUAAUUUUAAACAUAACCUCAAUUUUAAUCACAUUAUUGCUUAUUAGAGGCCCUGAAAUCCCAUAAAGGAGGGUUACUUCUGAAUGUUUUAGCAGCAUCUGUAAAAAUGCAUUUUAUUUGCUAUAGUUUGUAAAGCUGUAAAGUUAAAAAAGGAAAAAAAGGAAAAAAAGAGAAACCUUUUCAGCAUAAAUAUAUUUUACUUGCACUGUGUUUUUUAGCUAAAGUGAAAGCUUAGAUUAAAUAAAAUCAAAGUUGAGAGGAAUCAUCAAAAGACUGUUUCUCAGUGUGAAUCAAGUGUUGAAAAUGGUUGGUGUAUUUUGUCAGUAAUUGUACAUAAUUUUUGGCACAUAACAUAAAAAUGGCUAUGUAAACUAUAAUUAUUUUGCUAAAAGACUGUAUGCAAGCUGUGGGCCUACUUUAAAGAUGUCCAGAGCAAAGUCCCUUCUUUGUACCUAUUUUUUUAUUACAAAUAUACUAAUUGGUUCUUUAUAUUUUCAGAGGUUAUUGUAUUAAAUUGUCUAUUGAUAGUACUUUUAUGACUGUAAAUACUUUGGCUUUCUUUGUGUGAACUCUCAUGGUAGAAUUUAACUCUCUUGCGUGUAAACUGAAUGCUGAUCAGUAUUUUUAUCAACACCUGACAACUGUUACACCCCUUUUAUUUUGUCUUUUAGGAAAUCCUGUCUUUCC